AAAAGGGAAAUGAGAGAGAGAGGAGGAGACUAGACAGCUCCCAUCGUCUUUCUCCUUUGUGAGAAGAAUUGCUAACUUUUUUUUUUUGGAAAACACCAAUUUUCGCAUUACUGAAACCACUAAUAAUCUCCUCGAGGCUUCGUCGGAUUCUUCUCACGCAGCUAAUCGUUUUUAAUUUAGACAUAACAGUGUCUCGAUCGACUCGUCUCUAACAAACCCUAAUUUUUUUGAUCCCUUGAAUCAUGGCCUCCUCCGCCACUUCCACUAACCCUAACUCUUCUUCCUCCUCCGCCGCCCAAUCUCGCCGCCCCUCUCCCCAGGUUUCCUCUCCCUGGACUCUAAUCGUCCGCGGCGGCGAUUCACUCCCCACGAUCGCCGCCGCCGCAGCAGCUCCUUCCUCUCCUCAAUCGAAUCCCCCGAUCGAGCCGAUUGCUGAUGCGUCUGCUCCUCCGCCUGCUGCUGGAGAGGAGAAACCGGAGGGCAAUGCUGGGAAGAAACCGGUUUGGAAAAGGCCUUCUAACGGUGGGGCUGCUGCUUCUGAGGUCGGACCUGUCAUGGGAGCUUCCUCGUGGCCUGCUCUUUCUGUGGCUGCCAAUAAGUCUUCCUCUGACUCUCUUAAAAGUCUCGGCGAUGUAGCGCCGUCGCCGCCACCUGUCCUCGUUUCUCAGGGAAUUGCUAAUGCUUCUGUUCCUUCUUCUGCAUCGAAGCCAGCGGGCCGUGCAAACCCCAAUCCAACACCAAACAACUCGCGCCAGAGAUCAUUUAAACGAAAUGGCGCUUCUGGAUCCUCUGCUAAUGGUACCGCUUCCCAACCAUCAGUACAAGGCUCGCUUGCGGAAUCGCCUUCGCACAACCCUUCUCCCAGAGGCCAGAACCAGAGGAACGGCUUUCCAUCACACACCCAUGGUGGUAGUGGUGCUGACAACGUAUCUCAACGAGACUCGUACAGGAACCAAAACGGUUACCAUCACCAAAGUCACGGCGGCAGGCGCAAUCAGGAGCACGGGAAUCAAAAUUGGACUUUCAGCAGGAGCUUUAAUGGGAGAGAUGGGAAUGCACAAUCACAAAGAGGUGCUCCUCCAGCGUUUGUAAGACAUCCACCUCCUCCACCUCUGCAGACAAUUCCUCCUCAGUUUAUGGCGGCUCACCCUUUUGCCAGCCCUCUGCCUUUCCCUCCUGAACUGGCAUCGCAAUAUUAUCAGCGUAUGCCUUUCGUUGCUCCUCUCUCACCUGGACCAGUGUUCUACCAUGUCCAAGAUCCUCCUUUGAACAUAAAACUUCAGAAGCAAAUACAUUAUUAUUUUAGUGAAGAGAAUUUGAUUAAAGACACAUAUCUUCGUCGGCAGAUGGAUGAUCAGGGUUUUGUUCCACUUCCUGUGAUUGCUGGUUUCAAUAAGGUUGCAGAACUUACAGAGAGUGUGCAGCAAAUAGCGGAAGCUCUACAAGGUUCACCUGUUGUUGAAGUUCAGGGUGAAAGAAUAAGGAAACGCUACAGUUGGCAACAUUGGUUGAUUCCUCAAGACCCUUCGAGCCCCCAGUCUGUUGGUGCAGUAGCAAGCCGAGUCGGAAACUUGGCUCUUGGUGAGAGCUCGGCAGGUCCAAAUGGUGGCUCAAGCAGUCAGCUGCAACCUGCGGGAGCAGAAAACAAAGCUGUUUCAGAUGGUCAGCAACAGUUUCCUGGUGGUGUUCCAGGGAGCAACCGCAAUGGCUCGGAUGGUGCAAACCGUUGAACCAUCAUGUUUGGAGCUGGUGGUUAGUGCUGGACAUGAAAUAUUUAUUAUUUCGUCCUGCCUAAAAUCAGGAAAAAAUCAACAAUAAUGAAGGGGGAAUCCAAAAAAGAGAGAGAUAAAGGUAAGGCAUAAAACCAAAAAUAAAAAAGAGACCCAUAUGAAAACCAGAAAAGGAUCAAAACAUUUGUGAUUCUUCUAGCUUUUCAUUUUAUGGAUUUUUGUGUUUUUUUUAUUUUGGUUAUUUUGGAUGCUAAUAACCUUUCUAUGUUUAUGCUACUUUGCGACAUGAGAUGGUUCAUUGACGGUUGCUUUGUAAACCUUUGUUAUGUUUUGGGAUUUGUCUGGUUUAGCUUACUAGUA